CUUCGGCAUCACUAGAGUUUUGCACCAAGGUCCACAAUUUAGAGUCGGGCACCACCAUAACGAAGUUGUUUUAUGCUGCAAGGAAGGCAAAAUGUUUCAGCGGAUGUUGCCGAGCUGCUUGCUCGAAUCCAGGUUCAGAAUACAGAUAAAAAUCCUGGAGAGUAUAACGUCUGGAGCCUUAAUACAUAAGAGGCAUGCUUCAGGUUCAGAGAAUCCCUUGAAGAAGACGGAGCUGUUUGAUUUCCACCGGCAGCAUGGGGCUAAGAUGGUGGAGUUUGCUGGCUGGAUCAUGCCUGUGCAGUACAAGGAAAGCCAUAUCAUCUCUCACAUGCACACACGCCAGCACUGCUCCAUCUUUGACGUCAGUCACAUGCUCCAGACCAAGGUUCACGGGAAGGACCGAGUGAAGUUCAUGGAGUCCCUGAUUGUUGCCGAUGUUGCUGAGCUCAAGGACAAUCAGGGUACGCUUUCUCUGUUCACCAACGAGAAUGGAGGAAUAAAGGACGAUCUUAUAGUAACAAAGACGGACCAGGGCUACCUCUAUGUUGUAUCCAAUGCUGGCUGUGCAGACAAGGACUCGGCUCACAUGAAGGCAAAACUGAAUGAGUUCAAAGCUGCAGGUCAUGAUGUAGACCUGGAAUUUCUCAGUGAGUCCUUGAUAGCUCUCCAAGGACCGUCCACGGCGCGAGUUCUCCAGCCGGGCAUGUCUGAGGACCUCAGUAAGCUGCCCUUCAUGACCAGUGUUCUGACGGAGCUGUUUGGGAUUCCAGGCUGCAGAGUCACUCGCUGUGGAUACACUGGGGAAGAUGGAGUGGAGAUCUCUGCUCCUCGAUCGCAUGUGGUCGCUCUGACAGAGCGCUUAUUGCUGGACAGCGAGGUACGCCUAGCUGGUCUAGGAGCACGGGACAGUCUUAGACUUGAGGCGGGGCUCUGUCUCUAUGGCAACGACAUUGACGAGAACACGACCCCAGUGGAAGGCAGUCUCGUGUGGACUAUAGGAAAGCGACGCCGUCAGACCAGGGACUUUCCUGGUGCAGAUAUCAUUGUGUCACAGAUUAAGACCAAACCUAAAAGGAAGCGUGUUGGCUUGCUGUCUGUGGGCCCCCCUGUUCGUCAGCACACCCCUAUACUGAGCCCUGAUGGCUCGGUCAUUGGUGAGGUCACCAGUGGUUGUCCCUCACCCUGCCUGAAGCAGAACAUCGCCAUGGGUUAUGUGGAGAAUGAGUUCAGCAAGGUGGGCACAGAUGUACUAGUGGAGGUCCGGAAGAAGGCAGUGAAAGCUGUCAUCAGCAAGAUGCCCUUUGUAGCUACACGCUAUUACACAGGCCACUAAAGAUCCCUCUUCUUGAUCGACGAAUGACAUGGUGUCUUAAGUAUCACCACAGCAGUGGUGGAUUGAGGACCUUUGGUGCAGUUCUUGUGACCCAUCCUCCACACAACACAGUCGAACAAAUUCAACUCGGUCUGUUUACACAAUGCAGUCUUCUACCUAAAAUCUCACUGAGGUUUUAUGAUCAAGGUUGCUUCAGGCAUAGAAGUAUCUGCAUGCCAAAGUGAACAAUACCCUAGUCUCAAUGUGUUUGCAUAUAUUCCAUCACUUAACAUAAGAAAAUAAACAGAGCUUUGCUUCUGAGUGCGGAUGGAAAGCUGUUUACAAUUUAGGGCAACCUUUUGACAAUGUAGCCCUUUCUCUGUGAACCACUAUGCCUGCAGAGUUUCCUGACUUAGGGAUAUCACUGAAAGGCUAUCAUUAAUUCACUCUGGCUAUUUUGAAAUUGUUGCACUAGUUGUAUGAUUAGUAUCCUUUUUCUGUAAAUAUGCAAAAAUUAUUAACCAUUUUGGAGAACGAUGCAUAUUGUCUGGAAAAAAGUGUUUUUGAACUUGUAUACGAUUUUUAUAAAAUGCGUUAUAGUACAUUUACUAAUAUAAAUGAUUUUUCUUGCACUUGAACUAAUGUAAUAUGCAUAUUUUGUUAAAAUUAAAUAAUACCCUUUAACACGG